GCGGUUAAAAUUUAAAUAUGAAUAGUGUCUGGUGCCAACCAUAAACGAAUACAGGGAGUGUGCUUUUUUUUUUUCCAUUUCUUUUAUAUAAGAGACCAAACCUACGUACUUCUGUGGCGUCCAUGGAAGCCGUGGCCACCUUGUAUUUCACUUGCACCCGUGGCCGCGCCUCCGCCGGCGAAUCCACGUCGCCGUCGCCGUCGCCAUUGCCGUGAGAUCAUCCCCUAUCUCGCCGCCUGUCCUCUUGCGAUUCAUGGCGCUCUCAUCCCCGUCUUCUCCGCCCAUAAAAUCGCGGAAGCCAGCGAGCUCUGAGGACAGCGUGGCCAUGGCGGCGGCGCCCCUCCACUUCGUGCUCGUGCCGCUCCCGGCGCAGGGACAUGUCAUCCCGAUGAUGGACAUGGCGCGCCUCAUCGCCGGCCAUGGCGGCGGCGGCGCGCGAGUCACCGUCGUGCUUACGCCCGUCAUGGCCGCGCGCCACCGGGCGGCCGUCGCGCACGCCGCGCGUUCCGGCCUCGCCGUCGACGUCUCCGUGCUGGAGUUCCCCGGGCCGGCGCUGGGGCUCGCCGCCGGGUGCGAGAGCUACGACAUGGUGGCGGACAUGAGCCUGUUCAAGACGUUCACCGACGCCGUGUGGCGGCUCGCCGCGCCGCUCGAGGCGUUCCUCCGCGCGCUGCCGCGGCGGCCGGACUGCGUCGUCGCCGACUCGUGCAGCCCGUGGACGGCCGGCGUCGCGCGGCGGCUCGGCGUGCCGCGGCUCGUGUUCCAUGGCCCGUCGGCGCUGUACAUCCUCGCGGUGCAUAACCUGGCGAGGCACGGCGUGUACGACCGCGUCGCCGGCGACCUUGAGCCGUUCGACGUGCCGGACUUGCCGGCGCCGCGCGCCGUGACGACGAACAGGGCGUCGUCGCUGGGGCUCUUCCACUGGCCCGGGCUGGAGAGCCACCGGCAAGACACGCUCGACGCCGAGGCCACCGCCGACGGGCUGGUGUUCAACACCUGCGCCGCCUUCGAGGAAGCGUUCGUCCGCCGCUACGCGGAGGUGCUCGGCGGCGGCGCCCGGAACGUGUGGGCGGUUGGCCCGCUUUGCCUGCUCGACGCCGACGCCGAGGCCACGGCGGCGCGCGGCAACCGCGCCGCCGUCGACGCCGCGCGCGUCGUCUCGUGGCUCGACGCGCGCCCACCGGCGUCCGUGCUCUACGUCAGCUUCGGCAGCAUCGCCCGCCUGAAUCCACCGCAAGCCGCCGAGCUCGCCGCCGGCCUGGAGGCGUCGCACCGGCCGUUCAUCUGGGUGACCAAGGACACCGACGCCGACGCCGCCGCCGCCGCCGGCCUCGACGCGCGGGUGGUGGCGGACCGUGGACUCGUCAUCCGCGGGUGGGCGCCGCAGGUGACCAUCCUGUCGCACCCGGCGGUGGGCGGCUUCCUCACCCACUGCGGCUGGAACUCGACGGUGGAGUCGCUCUCCCAUGGCGUGCCGCUCCUGACAUGGCCGCACUUUGGCGACCAGUUCCUCAACGAGUGCCUCGCCGUCGACGUGCUCGGCGCCGGCGUCCGCGCCGGCGUGAAGGUGCCCGUCACGCACGUCGACGCCGUGAACUCCCCGGUGCAGGUGCGGAGCGGCGAGGUGGCGAGCGCGGUGGAGGAGCUGAUGGGCGACGGGGCGGCGGCGGCGGCGAGGCGCGCGAGGGCGAGGGAGCUCGCGGCGGAGGCCAGGGCGGCGAUGGCGGACGGCGGGUCGUCGGCGCGCGACCUCGCCGACAUGGUCUGGCACGUCGCGCGGAGGAGGGACAUGGUUGUGGUUGAUCCGCCGCCACCGCCGUCGCCGGGGGGCAUCGCCGGUGGCCAUGGCAAGAUGGUGUCGCCAUCAGUGGCAUCAGAAGUCGCCUGAAUUUUUAGUUGCAUAUGCGAGUGUUAACUGUAGUAGACGACAAUGGCAAUAAUAAUGCUGCAUUAAAUCUCUCCAGAAUUCAAUCGA